UUAAUGUUAAACAAGUGCCUUCAUCAUCAAAAGUGCAUUUACGAAGGGUUUCUUGUCGGAUAGAUCAGUCAAUGCAGUUUAUAAAGAAUGGCGUUGUCAACAGUGACUGGAGUAGGCGAAAGUGGGGUCCUUCGAGAACAGAGUAGGAUGCGUCCCUAAAUUGCCUCCCUGCUGCCCAGCAGAAGGUUGCUCUGUGGAGGAUACGGAGAAGACCGGAGCCUCGCCACGCCCGCUGCUGUCAGGCUGGCCCAGAACAGAGAGGCGGAGCGGGCGGAGGGCUGCAGGGAGCCUGACUCCUGCCCAGUUGGGGGCUCUGCUCCCCGCGCCCGCGGCGAGGCGGGUGGCUUUGCUGGGGGCUGCCCUAUGGUGCGCUCGGGGUGUCCGCGCUCCCGCACUCCGCCCGGCACCCGCAUGGCCCGCCCAGCGCACUCCGGAUUCCCGGAGCGCACAAAUAGCCGCCUGGACGCCUUUCUGCGGAGGCACCUGUCACCCAAGGUCUAUGACGCUGUCCGCGCCUACGAGCCUUGCAUCGUGGCGUCCGACUCGGAGAAGCUCACUUUGAAAUACGUGGUGCUCAGCGACCGGCUCAUCUAUCUGACCGAGAACCCGCCCAAGUCCAUUCGGAGAGUCGUCGCGUUGAGGGAUGUUUUGGCCAUUGACCUGAUUGAUGAUUACCCAGAAUUUCUGAGUCCACCAGACAGAGAAACCAACCAACAUAUUCGUAUCAUUUAUUCUUCAACUGUUUUGAGAAAGGAGCGUGAAAAAUCAAAAGGUUUCAGGAAGUUAUUUCCAUUUCAUCAUACAAGUGCUAACCACAGAAAAGUGGAAAAAGUGAAUAAUGGCCAUGUCUUCUGGAGAAACAAAGAAUCCAGAAAUCUGAAUGAAUCCUCUCCCAGGUACCUCCAAGAAAGCACACCGCACAAGGAAUCAACUCUCUGCCCUCCUUCAGAUCUCAAGAAGCUGAACCUUCACAGACAAAGUACCCUUCGACCUUUACCUAUUCCCUCCAGUAGGAGUUGUCAGUCCACUUCAGUUACAGGCAAAGCUGUCAUUGAACCAUCUUCCACAAUAAACACAAAAGAAUCCAAAGGACUUUUAGAUCACAAAGACUCUCCAAGUGAAAAUCCUUUCAAGGACAGUGGCAACCGAAAUGAGUUUUACUUAGGAAAUUACUCUCUGGCCUCCCCUUUACAGAGCAACAAAAGCCUAGAGAAAAAGGAAUCAGAGCUUCAUUUAUACAUUAUUUCCACAACAUCAUCAAUAUUUCUGCACUUAAAAAGUUCAUGGAACAACUAUAUUAUAAAAGCUACUCUUUCACAAGAUCCUCUGUAUGGUAGUGAGCUGAGUUCUGCUAUUGGAAGUCAGAAGCCAUAUAGAUCUGAGGAGAAAAUUAAGCACUUCAGUCAACUUAAAUCUGAACUCUUUCUUAAAGACAAUACUUUGGGGAAGAUACUUUGUUUAAUUGCGGAACUUAAAGUAGCAGCCCAGAAAAACUUCAUACUGAAAAAGCUUUUCUGGAAAACCAGUGACCUCUUCUAUUUUCUAGUGAACAAACUUCAUGAGUAUUUGCCAGAGUCGAGGGACAAGAAUGCACGUCAAAAUAAAAGCCAAAGGGCUGAUGAGCUGGUGGCAUGCAUUGAAAUUAUACAGACUCUUGGACUGAUGUUCAGAGAAACAGAAACUGAGUCAUCACGCCUGAAAACAUUGGCAGCUAAGAAGGGAACACUAUAUAAUCUCUUGGUAAUUUUAAUUAGCAAGCCUCAGAUUCCAAAGUCUGGUCCUGUGUUUGAUACCCAGUUGGUGACUGAUUCAGCUGUAGUUGAGAUGUCUUUUGAUGCUAAGUUACAGAAGCUUAUCCUGGAAUAUACAGAUACAGCUACAGCACUUUUAUAUGAGCUACUUCUUGUCUUUCAGCAGGGAAAUCUUGGAUUGGGAUCGAAAUUUGCAAUUAGCUGGAUGAUGUCCUUUCUACAGAGUUGCCCUCCCAUAAUUACGUUUGUGGCCAGUAUAGUGAAACAAAUGGUGAAAGGACUUUCAGCCUCAUUUCAGCUGCUAACUCCUGGUCAAGCAGUUCUAUUGUACCAGCAGUUUUACAUUCUCAAGAGCUGCCUACAGUACAGCAAGACUCUAGCUGAGUAUAUCAGAAAUGACUACAGAGAAGAAUUCAGGUACUUUAUUCAUAUGUCAGCCUUGGAAAAAAGACUCCCAUUGUGCUACCCGAUUACUCAACCUACCACGCAACUGUUUUAUGAAGUCCUUAAAUUGGUUGAACAGAAUGUGUGAAAUGUUAAUAAGAAUAUAACAUGUUAAUCUGUAAUCAACUUAUAAUAUGUGUGAGAAACAUUUUCAAUUUAUUUAACAUUUGGCUGUCCCUAUGUCCUGUAAACAAAUACUUUGAGUGUUCCACUAACACCACUUUAGGAGAAGCCCUUAAAGUUUAUUAUUUACACAAAAAGAAGCUGUUGUAAAUAAACUGACAUAUAUCAUCUGGUGCUAAAACUUUUCUGGUAAAAGUUUCUAGAAACAUAAGAAACUCAGGCCAA